UUGCUGAAGCUGAGGAGCUUUAGGGAGAUUUGGGAUUUAGAGUGUGAUGGUGCAGAGCAAGAAGGGGGAGAGAGAGAAGGAGAGAGAGAGAGAUAAAGCUGGGAUGGGUGAGCAAGAGUUGAUAGAAACAGUUAGAGAGGGAGAGAGCGAGACCAGUGAAAGUGGGAAACGGAGAGACAGACAGGCACUUAAAAGCGGGAAGACAGGGGCACAGAAAACAGGGAGAGAGAGAGAGAGAGAGAGAGAGGGCCAGGCAGAGCCGGUAGACGACGAGCAUAACAGCACGACAGCAGCAGAUGCUGACAGUUCAGUUGGCAGGAGUGGAUCCGGGAGAGAUAGCAUACUUGGCCUGAAGGCUGCCCACUGCCUCUGCUGGGACUCUCUCAAACACACACAUAUACACACACACACGCAUACAAGCAACAAGAGCCAACAAACACCAGGACACACGCGCCGGGAGCACUCUCACCGAGGGACAGGAGGUGGUUGCAUCAUGGACUCCCUGACUGACGCCCUCAAAGCCAUCUCUGUCAGCACCGAACUCAUAGACGAGGAGCUCAAGCCUCAUCUGGACAUCCUGCUUACUGCGCUGCAGGAAAAGCGAAAGGGAGCCCCAGAGGAGAUAGCUGCCAGUGGGAUUCUUCCAUCACUGGCGCAGACCUUGAGUAAGAAGAGCCUCCUCACAUCACAGGUGACCCUGGUGGUGGCCGAGUUGGCCAGGGAAGCCACGGUACGGGAGCGAUGCAUUGAGGCUGGCCUCGUGACCGCCCUACUGCCCCUGCUGAAGAGCUCGGACCAGGAGCUGCUACUGCACACAGGACGCGCCAUCGGCAGGAUCUGCUUCGAUAACAUGGUUCAGCAGGAUUACCUGGUGCAGAAUGGAGUCAUUCCCCGGCUGGUGGCCAUUAUGCAGGACUACCCCGAAAACGAUCCGCUGGUUAACGUGUGUCUGCUGGCUCUCUGUAACCUCGCCGAGAUGGAAUCUGCGCGGGAAGCCCUGGCGGAAGUGGGCGUGGCCGAGGCGCUGACCUGCCAGCUGCACCGUGCCGCGGAUGCCGAGCGUCGCCACAUCGUCCUGGAGGUGCUGGGAUCGCUGGGCGAGAGCGAUAUGCUGAAACUGCAGUUUGUGGAGUCAGGUGUCCCGCAGGCCCUAUCCGAAAUGAUCCGAGGAAUGCAUGGGGGCGCCGACUCGCACGACCUCUGCAGCAUCAAAAUUGCUUCUAACCUUAUCGUGUCCCUUCUGCUGGGAGAUGAAUCCAUGCAGAAGUGUUUCGGUGAGGGGAAGGGCCCCGUGUACCGGGAUGUUCUGUCCUGGCUGCAGUCUUCCAACAUGCAGCUGCAGCAGGCGGGGGCGUUGGCGAUCGCCAAUUUCGCCCGGAACGAUAGCAACUGUGUGAAGAUGCUGGAUCUCGGGGUGGUCCAUCACAUCCUAGACCUGCUAGAGCGGCACGUGGACCAGGGCGACGUGUCCGUCCAGCACGCCGCUCUGAGCGCCCUGAGGAACCUCGCCAUCCCAGCCACCAACAAGGUGCGGAUGCUGGAGGAUGCCGUGGUGGAGCGGAUUAGGGCCCUGCUGCGGUCCGACAUGCCCCCCGUGCAGUUCAAACUGCUUGGGACUCUCCGCAUGAUGGUGGAUGGUCAGGAGGAAGCGGCCACACUGCUGGGGAAAGAUGAAGGCCUGCUUGCUCGGGUUAUACAGUGGUGUGAAGCCCGGGAGCAUGCGGGGGUCAGGGGGGAGGCCAACCGCCUCCUGGCUGCUUUCAUCAGACACAGCCGGGCCCUGGACGUGAUCCACGCUGUUACCAAAGCAGAUGGCAUACGACACCUCAUCUCCAUGGCAACCAGUGAGCAUGUCAUCAUGCAAAAUGAAGCUCUGAUCGCCUUGGCGAUUGCUUCGGCUAUCGACAUUGAGACCAUGGAGGGACCCUUCCAGGAUGCCGGCCUGGUGCCCACCCUGCAGAAGAUGCUGGAUGACCCUGUGGGGGCCGUGGAGGUCAAGUUUAGCACCAUUGGGCUUAUCUGCAGCCUGACCAACUCCAGCUUGCUGAAGGAAGAGAUGGAGUCUCUGAACCUGAAGGAGAGCUUGAGUAAGCUCUCAAACCACACCAGCUCCAAGCUGGCCACCCAGGCUGACACGGUGCUGGCUGUCCUCUCCGAAGCCAGCUAGACUGACCCCACCACACCACUGCCGCCGCCUGGACCUGACCCGACCUGACCUGGCUGGCGGUGGAAGGGGCCCUGCUGCUAGUGGUCAGAGACAAAGCAGAGCCCCCCCAUCCACCAGCUGGCUCCCGGCCGCACCGUCACACCCGAGAAACUGGGCAUGGCAAUGUCCACCGAACAGCAAGGGGACAGAACAGAGACCUGUAUUUUCAUGGCUUACAUUUUAACCAUUCCAGUGCUCCUUAGCCAGGAUACCGAAACCCACUUAGAUUUAAUGACCGUGUAAAAAAAAACAGCACAAUGUAUUAGCCAGUAGGCAUGCAGUGAGUACUUAAGGCUACAUGAAAGUGUCUUUUAGCAGCCAGUUUAGUGUGCAGUGGUCAAGUAUCAGAGGAGCGUCUCUGUCCAGUGUGUUACUUUGUGCGUUACUGUAACGAAGCCUCCUCUGUUCUCUUAACAAUUUCACAUCAUUGAAGUUUAUUUUUAAAAUUAGAAGUGUAUAUUUUAAUAUGUUAAAUGAUACUGAGAUGUCUGCAAUUAAAA